GUAAAAGCAACGUCCGUCGAUAAUCCCCCUUCACUUACUUGCGACCACUCGGUAGUGAAUUGAGAAUAUGGCUGACUCUACUCCUGUCCAUUUUUUUGACAUCCUUUCCAGUCUUCCCGUGCCGGCGAAGGCAUGGUCGCCAAAUACGAUGAAGACUCGCAUGAUUUUAAACUAUAAGGGUGUCCCAUACACGCAGACAUACGUCUCCUAUCCGGAUAUUGCGCCGCUGCUCGCCAGUUUGUCCGUCAAGCCUUAUCCCGAGGGGACCUCGAUAUUCACGCACACCCUUCCAGCUAUCUGCCAUCCGUCCGUGACGUCCAACCCAUCUGGAGCGCUUAUGGACUCCCUUCCUAUUGCCAUCCACCUGGAUGAUUUAUACCCCUCCCCGCCCUUGUUCCCAUCUGGGAACGCUAGCUAUGCGCUUGCACUCGCCGUAAAUAAGCUGAUGUUGGUCAUUACCUCCAGCGUCUAUCACUUCGUUGCUCCCAAAGUGGCACAUAUUCUGGACGCCCGAGGAAAGGAGUACUUUGUGAGGACGCGGACGGAGCAUUUUGGCAAGCCUCUUUCGGAGGUUCGUCCCACGGGCGUGCAGGAAAUUCAGAAAAUGAAGGAGAAUAUCGCCGUAGACGCGAGGCCUUUACUGGAGAUGCUCCAAGGAAAACCCGGAAAGUCAGGUCCGUUUUUUGAAGGUGAUCGGCCGGGAUACGCAGACUUCAUAUGUGUUUCAUUCUUGGUUUGGUUUAACACGGCGGAUAAGGAAAUCUUUCAGCAAUUGGUAGGAUUAGGAAACGGCGAGCUCAAGACGUUGUGGGAUGCAUGUUUGCCAUGGGUGGAGGGCCAAGGCGAAGACAAGGAGUGGGAUAUUCCUCAAUAAGGAGGUCUGGAAGCGCUACCUAUCAUCGUCAAUCACCUGUCCCAGAUUCUCAAUUAAGGGCCCACGCAGGUAAAUAAAAAGAUGUUCGAAGCACUAGUGUAAAGGUCCAUUUCAAAUGAAGUUGCAUUUAGCGCCUUUUCUGGGAAUGAAAACAAGAAAGAAGUA